AUGGCUUCAGUCCAGCCGACUCAACGGCCACCGCCUCUCUUUGCCAAGCUCCUUCGAUUGGAUAAUCCAAUUCGAAGUCUGACGGUCGCAUUCUGGCUAUGGAAGAUUCUGUUAUACAUCGUGGUCAACCUGUGCCCUGGGCCAGGCUAUGACACAUCUACUUCAUUGCUCUCUUACAUUGACUCCACAACUGCUAGCAACUCUGAGUCUUUUUCGGGUCCUCUCAAAUUUGCCAGGUGGGACAGCAUCUACUUUCUUGAUAUCGCCGAAAAGGGAUACACUUUUGAGCAGCAAUGGGCCUUUGGCUACCCAAAGAUCCUGGGGCUCUUCGUCUCUGGUAUUGAUCCUUUCUUUCGAGGAACAUGCAUUCGUCUCUCUGGUGGUGUGACAGGACCAGCUAGCACUGCAAUGAUAGGAGUCGCUAUCUCCCACGUCACCCAUUAUCUGUCUGUGCUGGCACUCUACCAGCUGUCAGCCAACAUCUUCGGCCAUGCCACAGCAACUCAACAUCUCAUUUGUUUCUUGUCUGCGGCUCUUCACAUCAUCUCACCUGCAGGCGCCUUUCUAUCGGCGCCCUACGGAGAGCCCAUCGUUUCCUUCCUCAACAUGACUGGGUUUUAUCUCUACUCGUCAUCGCUGAUCGCCGAGCGCAAUGGAUCAACACGUCUUCGAGACUUCAGGGUUCUGACGGCCGCUGUUCUCUUCGCUGUGGCAACCUUGGUUCGCAGCAAUGGCCUUUUGAGUGGUUUCCUCUUUGCCUACGAUGCAGUCGUCCUGGCCUGGAAGACCGUGACUCGAGGGCCUACGGUGCACAACACUGUCCGACUGGCAGUCAUUGUUCUCGGUGGCUGCAUUGUCGCCUCUAGCAUUGUCAUUCCUCAGGUUCUAGCAUACCGCAUAUAUUGUCUGGCUGAAUCUGAUGCCCGACCAUGGUGCGAGUGGACCGUGCCUAGCAUCUACGGCUGGGUCCAGAGUCAUUAUUGGGACGUGGGAUUCUUGCGGUACUGGACAAUUUCCAACAUCCCUCUUUUCUUGUUGGCGGCGCCCAUGUUGGUCAUCUUGUGCCGUUCCUCGUGGUGGGCCUUGACUAGCCCCUCUUCUUCCUCAACCAGUCCGGGGUCAAUGCUUACUCGACUGGCAAUUCCCCAGGGCAUAUUGGCAGUUAUGGCCUUCACCAGCUACCACGUCCAAAUCAUCAACCGGAUUUCAUCGGGCUACCCUUUGUGGUACUGGUAUCUGGUGACUAGUGCCGUGGAAUAUGAAACUAGUGCGCUCAAAAAGAGCCGCAUCCUUGUCGUUGCUGUAUACGGCAUGGUCGCAUAUGCAUUGAUCCAAGGGGUUCUUUUCGGUUCCUUUUUGCCGCCGGCGUGA